AUGGCCUCCAUCGUCCACAAAUCCAUGGAGUUCUCGUCCCACGCGUCGACGGCCAACGUCGACAAGGUGGUUGAGUCCGUGACAAACGCUACCAAGCGCUUGUCCCAGAUCUCCACCACGACGAACAACUCCAGCAAGAAAAAGAAAACGCAGAACCGUAUUGGGCCCUGGAAGCUCGGUCGGACUCUCGGCAGGGGAUCCACUGGUCGGGUCCGUCUUGCCAAAAACGUCGACACCGGCCGCCUAGCUGCCGUCAAGAUCGUGCCCAAGCUGAACUUCAAAAAACUUGAAAACCCCAAGUACAAGAAUCUGGACGCCACAAAGCUCCCGUAUGGCAUUGAACGUGAAAUCAUCAUCAUGAAGCUCAUCUCACACCCAAACAUCAUGGGAUUAUACGAUGUCUGGGAAAACAAGUCAGACUUGUACCUCAUUCUCGAGUACAUCGAAGGCGGCGAGCUUUUCGACUACUUGAUCAAACGUGGCCGCUUGCUGGAAUACGAGGCCAUCAACUACUUCAAGCAGAUCAUCCACGGCAUAGGCUACUUGCAUCAGUUCAACAUUUGUCACCGUGACUUGAAGCCGGAGAACUUGCUCCUUGACUUCAACAAAAACAUCAAAAUCGCAGACUUUGGCAUGGCUGCGCUUCAGGUCAACGAGAAACUUUUAGAAACAUCUUGUGGCUCUCCUCACUACGCAUCGCCUGAAAUCGUCGCAGGUAAGAACUAUCACGGUGCUCCCUCGGACAUUUGGUCCUGUGGUAUCAUCCUUUUCGCCUUGUUGACAGGGCAUUUACCAUUCGACGACGAGAACAUUAGAAAACUUCUCAUGAAGGUCCAGAACGGUAAGUUCAUCAUGCCAAGUGCUCUUUCCUGGGAGGCGAAGGACCUCAUUUCUAGAAUGUUACGCGUCAAUCCAAACGAGAGAAUCCUGAUUGGCUCAAUCUUGAAACACCCACUCUUAACAAAAUACCCUGAUCCACAGUCGAUCAGCUGCAAAUCAGACAAUGACUUGAUUCUUCAUUCAAAUAUAAGGCCAAUCCAGCUGAGAGACAAGAUCGACAAUGAGAUCUUGCGAAACUUGAGUAUUUUGUUUCAUAACUGCAACGAGGAAUACAUUGUCAAGUGCUUGUUGGCUGAAGAACGUUCACCGGAAAAGAUGUUCUAUUACCUCUUAAUGAAGUACAGAAACGAGCACUUGCUGAACUCCCCUUCCAACUACGCCGCAGACGAUGACGAGGAUGCUAACCAUGCCGACGAGCCUCCUCGUUCUGCGUCGACCAUGAAAGCAACGAUAGCAGAUGGUGAUUCCAGUUCCAAGACGUCCAUGAAGAAACUUCCCCGUUCUUCAUCUACCACCUCCACAGCUUCCUCUAGAAGUCGCAAGCGUCCCUUGGCAAACGUCACAAACAAAACCUUCACUGCUUCGAAUGCUAGAAACAAGCGUGCUAACAGCAGACCGGCCUCACGAAAUGCUUCUAGCCGAUCUCUUCAAAGCAAGCACCGUGUUCUUCUGGCUCAAAAUCAAAACGUGAAAGUGGAAUCCUCGAAACCGAUUUCAAGAACAGUGACUCCGCACGCAAAUCAGUUAAAUCAAAUUGCUGCAUUGGAGGAGGACAAGGAAAAUGCAUUUGUUGAUGAGGUCUCAACUAUAUCAAAAAGUAAUCCUCGGGGUGUCACGAGAAAUGGAACCAUCGAUCGAUUUCAGAGGAUUUGUCAGGAGGUAUUUGGUUCAGAUGUUGAUCACAAAUCUGUGUAUGACAUGACUCUCACGCUGGAUAAAAGGAACCUUACUAAGGAUACUAUUCACAAGCUUGAUGUUUUGAACAACCGUAUGAGCAAGGCUUCCUUGGUGCUUCCAAAACUUCCAAAAACUCCCGAGUCGUCAUCACGCAAUAUAAAGACGCUAACUGAGCCUCAACAUGAAAAUGAUCUGCGCCAGAAAAAGCUUCUUGGAAUUAGGCAAAGAGAGAAGGACCUCGCCGCAUCAGUUCAAAGGAAGAACGACGAACGUGAACUCCGAUACAAGAAGAAUGAGGAACAUCUUGCUCAGGCAGAAACGGAACGUAAGAAGCAGUCUCAACUUUUACAAGCCAAGCUGAUCGAGGCCUCUAGAAUUAUCAACAGAAAUGCAUCCCAGAGGAUCUCCUCAGAGCCCUUUCACCCGACUUCGUUGGAUCCAAAAUCUUCCUUACUCCGAAGGGAUAAGAAUGCCUUUGUGUUACAGAGGUUGGGCAUUGAAGUUAAGCAGCCUCAAGCACCUAGUCGUCAGGCCUCCUUCAUGAAAACCUCCACUUCAAAGGAUUUGGCAUCUGUGCUCAAGGAAGAGGAUGAGCCCAGUACCGAAAACGCAGCUGACUACUCCAUUGACCUCAACAAAACCCUUCCAAGCAUCAAGUCGCAGAAAUCACAGAAAACUUUGAAUGGUGAAGAUGAGUCUAAGUUGGUUCAUUCCAAACAAUCCUCGAGGGACAGUCAAUCUACACUUCGAAAAUCUAUGGAGCAGCCUCAGCAGACCAGAAGAGAUAGCUUCAAACCUUUGCUGGAGACCAUUGCUUCCGGGUCUGGUAACACCAACAAGGCAGCUGGCCGUGACUCCGAUCUCACCCGUAUGAGCGUCCGCACACAUCCUGACUUGAUUCCAAAUCCAAGAUUUUCUAAGUUCUCGUUCAAUGACAUCCUUAAGCCCAAGACUGAUCAAGCCGAUGCUACCAUUCUUGAGGAAACUCGAAGCUCGGGCACCGUGAAGCGUUCAUCUAGACAAACCCUUAACACGAAGCAAGGUAAUGGCCUCAUCAAAAAGUCGCCAACACAAGACCUACAAGGUUUGGGGAUCAUUAUGGACAACAGUAACGAGCAUUCGAGAAACGCAUCCAAGACCUCUGGCGAACACAACUUUGUUUCCAUAAAUGCUUCUGAUGACGAUUAUAGUGCAAACUGUACUACACUUCAAAAAGAAGCCAUCAGUAUAAAUGAGGAUUCAGAGUCCAGUGGAGGAGAGGAGUACAAUUUAUCGCAUCAUAUUGUCGAUAUGAACAGAACUGAGGAGGAACAGAGAAGGUUGCUGCUUAAGGCCUCUCAGCGAAGUGCAUCACAAGUUAUCGAAGAUGAUGUCCAAGGCAAUACAGAACACAAGAAUUCCAAGGAGACUUUGGUGGGCGUUAAUGAGGAAAGAAGCUGGUCUCAUAAAUCUCAUAACACCUUGCUUCCAGAGGAGCUCUCUUCGCAUGGUAGAAGCAAGAGCUUCUCCGCCAAGUCAAACAUCUCGAAUCACUCUGAAUUCAGAGAUGAGGGAGUUCGUGCAAAUGUCUUGGACACUUCUUCUCUUGUCGAGAACACAAACGCUUCUUAUGAAGUGGAGAACGCAGCCGAUAGAGACGACCAAAGUUACGGUGGCGAGGAGGAGCGAAUCGAUGUCGCCACGAGACAUGAAGUCAACGAUGAGGAUGAGAUUCCACAGAGAUCACCUAACCGCCCUCGCCGCCAGACAAAUGGGUCACUCCGCCGGUCAGCAGCAUCGACUCAAAUAUUCAGCACUAUGCACAUGAAGGAAGCAGCCACGCAGGGCACGCCGCCAAUGGACACUGAGCCCGUUGCUCAAGUUCCCCAACAAGAGUCCACAACGCCACUGUUUGGCCAGUUGCCGCUUGGAGUGUCGCUGAAACCUGAGAGAAGUCUGAAGAAGUGGAGUAUCAAACCAAGGAGGAAGGCUCCAAAUGCGCCUGGUGAUGACAUAAAAGAGGAAUCAAAAACUAGAGGUCACAACCGAUUCUCGGGUAUUUCCCUUGUGUCCAAUGCUAAAAGGUUCGUUGCACCCAGAUCAGACGAAUCGCCUAAAUCACCUUCCGGCGCUGGCUGGUUCAAGCGCUUCUUCAUGUCAUUAUCUAAGGGCAACAGCAAAGAUGAACAUGUUGAGGAGGAGCAGAAGGCAAAAAAGAAUGUUCACAUUAUCGACACCUUCUUGGAUUCCGGUGAUCUCAUGCGUAUCAUCAAGAACCAGUUGAAGAUCAAGGAAGUGGAGGGAUCCGUGACAAAUGUCGAUAUUGACGACGAAUUCGCAUUGAUCAGCGGUGUUGUACCAUCCCGAUUCGCUAGGGGAAGAAAAUUGGUUUUCAAGAUAGAGGUGAUCGAUUUGGUUAACUCCUCAUCCUUGCACCUUCUCAAGGUGAAGGGUUCCAAGACGGGCUUCAAAAACCUUGUCGAUGUUGUGGACUUCGUCAUCAAGAAGGAGGAGGAAACGAACCCCAAAUCCAAACAAGCCACUCAUUAA